UCAGCCAGCUCUUGCUGCGUUUAUGAAUUUCACAUCAGCUUUAAUCAUAUAUAAAUCCCCCAUUUCUUAACCAGGCUACUCAGACAUUUAACUCCUUCGCAUUUGAAUUGAGAAUUUUUAAACAAAUUUCAGUCCACUUGGGAAGCGGAGCCUGACAUUAAAAGUGUGUUUGUUAACUUGCUCGUCUGUGAGUUUGGGGGUCCCUCGCGAAGUUUUACUGACUUAAUCGGCUUCUACAAAAGAACUUAACCAAGCCACUAAACUUCAAAUGCAAUCUCAUUAAACGAAAUCCUCAGAUGCUGAAUUUGGCGCGUCUCUGGCUAGUGUGACAACUGAAUAGAACAUUCCUUGAGGAUUAACUCUAGUCUUUAGUUGGCAGUCGAUACUGAAUGGAUCCUGGGGAAAUGGAAAGAUGUGCAAUCUAGCACUUUUGCAGGUUCUGCUGGUGGCAGUGAUUUGUUUUAACGUAAGCAAAGGAUAUCAACAAAUCAUUUGCAAAGAUGAAACUCAUUCGCCACCAGCCCCCAGCCCCCUCUCAAGCUUCACCAGUUACCAAAGUUUUCCCGAAGAUUUCCGAGGGAUUUGGUUUUACUUUGAUAGCCUGGAGGAGUGCGCAAGAUUCUGUUUAUUGACAAUUGAAGUUGAUAUUCUUAAUUGUACUGGUUUUCAAUACCAACAUGGAGGAAAAUGCCUGCUUAAGACUUCGAGAUGUUUACAAGAGUCAAUCGUGGAAAAUAAGGCAAAUUUCUCAAGCAAUUCGAGUAUUUCAAGUGAAUACUACAUCCUUGAAGGACGUAACGAGUCAAACCUGUGUUCGACAAGUAAAGCUGGUUUACUCGUCUCACCAACACCAACGAUUCAAGUCGCUGUUGGAUCGACAACAAUCGCAUUACAACCRAGCAGAGAGACAAGUUCGUGUAUCGCAAUAAACAUCACGGCAGCUCUACUUGACGUCCGGUGGCAAGAUGAUCUAUCUAAUAGCAGUAGUUUAGCAUUCAAGAAUCUCUCGUCGUYGUUGAAACAAAAUAUUUAUCAGCUUUAUAUCAACGAUUCCACGUUAUGCAAUGUAGUUCCUCUCCAUUAUAGAAAUUUUUCCAUGCACGUGUUGGCAAAUUUCAGCGUUCUUUUCAACGAAUCAACGCGAAUGCCUCAAUUCAACGUUUUAUUUCGCGCUCUGUACAGAACACACAGAAUCCAGAAUAUAUCUAUAAACACUCUCACGGAUAAUUUACCUGGCAAACCACCAGUAAACCUAACCAUUACCAUGGCAACAGACAUUACAGCAGACUUGUCAUGGACGCAUGCGCAUUUUCAUGAUAGAAUACCAACCUUGGGUUACAAAGUAACAUACACACUACAAAAUACAAAUGUGUCGAAUAUGAUUGUGAUAGACCACAGAACAAGUCAUGUCCAGUUAAAGUCCUUACAACCCACUUCUAACUACUCGAUACUAAUCAAGAGUAUCACGCGCAGAGGGUUUGGGGAAUCAUCAUUGUCUUUGGUUAUCAAGACGACGAACGAAGUCCAACUUCCAGUGAUUAUAAACGUCACAUUAAAUCUACAAGAAGAAAAAUGGAAUGAAGAUCUUUUAAACAAGACACAUCCAACCUCUAUUGCUUUACAGACUCGAUUAAAAGAUAAUAUUAACCAAAUGUACAGUAAACAAAAUGCUUCAAAAGGGAUUCUAAUCCAUGGUUUCAGGAGAACAACUAUUAGUACGAACAGCACUGUACAAGCACAUUUUGGGAUGCUUUUUGAUUCAGAUGCCUUGGUUAUUACUAAACAAUUGGAGCCACUCUACAACGCGUUGUACAGGAACAAUAAACUGUACAACCUAUCUAUUGGAUUGAUUCAAGAUAACAUUCCUGGUAAACCACCUAUCAAUAUUUCCUGGACAUCUCCUAAUCCACACACGAUAAACCUGGAAUGGACUCCAUCGUCUUCAAAGCAAUGUGGAUAUUCUAUUUACUACAAACUCAACAAUUCUCUUUCCCCACACAACAAUAUAUCCGUCAACUCUUCAAGCACUCAAUCAGUCAUCCACGAACUACAGCCGUUUUCAUAUUACUCCAUUUGGAUCCAGUCUAUCACGGACAGAGGUCUUGGACUGAUGAGUGACGUCAUAUUCGCCAGGUCAUUGGAACAAACCUCAGUUGUCAACGUAUCUUUCCUCUUGCUCAAUCAUACCUGGAAUGUCAACCUUUCCGAUCCUAAUGAGACAAAAUAUAAAAAUCUUCGACAUAUAGUCCUAACUCAAGUUGAGUUGUUAUACACCAAUAAUUCUCAGUUUAGAGAAGUCAACUCCUGUGUAUUCAGAAACUCCAGUAACGAAGUGUUAGCAGACUUAUCAAUUACGUUUGGUCAGGAUGUCAGUAUGAGUCAUUUCUCUGUUCUGUACGAUGCUUUGCACGUCAAAAGACGAAUUGGUGACGUACAUGUCAGAACUAUCAACGAUACAAUUCCUGGUAAGCCACCAAAAGACCUCACUACCACCCCCACAGGAACAACAAGCAUCUACGUCACGUGGUCAACACGCCAUCAAAUCCUGCCUCGUGAAUGGCUGCUCUUCUUUGACUUAGUAGACUCCAACAAUACCGCGUUACACAAUUUUAAUACAUCUGUCAAUCGACGAGCCAAUCAAACGUCAUUGGAGAAAUUAGAAAAAUUUGCAUAUUACGUCAUAUGGAUAAGAGGUGUCACCCAGUGGGGUCUUGGGUUACCAAGCGAAAAGAUUAUUGUAAGAACCUUGGAAGAAGUUUUACCAGUGAAUAUAACUCUAGUACUCUCCAAUGUAACUUGGGAUUCAACGCUACUCAAUUCAAGUUCUGUAUACUAUCAAAAUACGACGGAGAAGAUACGAUACAAUAUUCGCAGAUCUUUUGGUAAUGACACUUACUUGAAAGAUGACAUUAACAUUCAGUUCAGAAAUGCGAGUGAUGUCAAUGUGACUGUUGAUAUCAGUAUGGUAUUCAGCCAGACAGCGAGAGCACAAGAUCUGAAUAUUCUGUACGAAGCUAUAUACAGAAAACAAAGAAUCUACGAGUUGGACGUAAAACCAGUCACGGAUAAUAUUCCAGGCAAGCCCCCAGACCACGUGACUUCUAAGCCAAACAGCACCACGAGUAUCCUUCUUAACUGGACACUCCCUUCUACCCACAGAGGACUCGAAAUACUUGGUUUUAGAAUAUUCUACAGAUUGGCCUCAAGUAGCAAUAACAUGUCCUCACUUGAGACCGAAGCAAAUAUGACAUCUUUCUUAGUAGAACAUCUCGAAAAAUUCCGUGAAUAUACAUUUUGGGUGAGUUCUGUUACAAGAAUUGGCACUGGAAGUCUAAGUAAUCCUUCCUCUGCAAGAACGCUAGAAGAACUUCAACCAAUCAAGCUUGUGUUGCGUUUUCCGCUGUUAAAGUGGAAUCAAAAUCUGUCGUAUCCUGACAGUGAGCAGUUCAAGAACCUCUCAAACGUUAUUGAACAAAACGUGUUUGGUUUAUACGGAGACAACGAGACUCAACUAAGAGAAGUUAUAUGUAACCAAUUUACGAAUGGCAGCGUCAUUGCAGACAUUAAAAUAAUGUACGGACAGCAUGUCAGUAUGGAGCACUUUGCCAAGCUUUACAGAGCUCUUUAUGUCGAUGGCCAACUCUAUAACCUUACUACACAACCUUUGAAUGACAAUGUUCCAGGUAAGCCUCCAGUGAAUGUGACCGCGAAGGUCUUCAGUUCUACUUCAAUGCAAGUAACGUGGUCCUGCUCAGAUUGCGCUGACACAAACAACUCCAUAGCGUUCCUUGUCAGUUACAGAGCAAACAACAGUAGGACAAAUAUAACACAAGGCAUUGUGGUUAAUUCUACGGAUCGUCACGUGAUCAUCACAGGGCUCAGCAAGUUUACGUCGUACAUGCUUUGGGUGACGAGUGUCACCAGAAGAGGGAAUGGAAUAGCUUCUGAUAUAGUUUACAACACUACCCUAGAGGAUGCUCCAAGUAAAGCCCCAACAAAUCUCCUUGCAUAUAACACGAGCAGUACGACAGUUGUGGUAGGCUGGAAAGAGGUUCCUAUUGGCUACGUCCACGGCAUCCUACGAGGAUACGUUAUUGAAUACAAACAGCUACACAAUUUAGGUGACCAGUGGAAAAAUGUCACUGUAAACAACGCUACUACUACAGAACUAACAGGGCUACAAAAAUAUACCAUGUACCUUGUACAAGUAAAGGCAUUCACGCGUGUGGGGACAGGACCAGUUGCCAAUGUUACUGUAUCAACAGACGAAGAUGUUCCCAGUUCACCACCUGCAAACAUCCAAGCAGUCAACACGAGCUCGACAAGUAUACAAGUGACCUGGGAUCAAGUCCCGGCAGUCUUUGCUCACGGCAUUGUCCUUGGUUACCAUAUACUUUACCGAAGAUCCAAUGACUCAAAUACCUCACACGUGAUCGAGACUGCGCAUGCGUAUAACUUUACCUAUGUACUGCGCAGGCUUAAUAAAUAUACGGAGUACAAGAUUGCAAUGAUGGCGUUCACCAAGAAAGGAAACGGAAGCGUGUCGAAUGAGAUCUCUGUCUACACCGACGAAGACAUCCCCGGUCGUCCUCCUCCAAAUGUGGUAACAUACAACACGAGUUCAACAUCCCUCAACGUCACCUGGGGCCAAAUACCAAGAUAUUAUAUCCAUGGUAUUUUGAGAGGAUAUCGUGUGCUGUAUAGAGAAUCCCGUGAUGUCAAUGGAAGCUAUAGUAACGUCACGACGCUGGCUAACAAUUACAAUAUCAGUGGGCUCAAGAGGUUUACUCAUUAUUUGGUGAAAUUGUUGGGAUUCACUGUAAAAGGCGAUGGUGUGGCGUCUGAUUCCAUAAAUGUCACCACUGAUGAAGAUGUACCAAGUCGUGCACCUCUGAACGUUACUGGCCACAACACCAGUUCUACGAGCUUAGUUGUGAUGUGGCACCAAGUCCCCCACGGAUAUUUACAUGGUAUUCUGCAAGGUUACAAAGUACUCUAUAAAAUAGACAACGAUGGUACUUCAAACUAUACAUAUGUGUUGACAGUGAACACCACCCGCUUAGCUGUUCUGUCCAGCCUACAGAAGUUUACUGUUUAUCGGAUAACUGUGUUGGCGUUUACGGUGAAAGGAAAUGGACCAAUGGCAGUGAACACCACAGUCACCACUGACGAAGACAUUCCCAGCCAUGCUCCAACAAAUCUGACAGCCCAUAAUUUAACCUCCACGUCACUCAUGAUAAACUGGGGUCCAGUUCCAGACGGACAACUCCACGGUAUUCUGCGCGGUUACCGAGUACUUAUUAAGAUGGCUGCCAACUCAAGCAGUAAUUUUACUAGCCUGACAACUGAUAUGUCAACGGAAAGCCUUAAUGUUUCUUCCUUGAAGAAAUUUACCGUCUAUCUAGUGAAGGUAUUGGCAUUUACAGUCAAGGGAGAUGGACCUACGACGAUAAAUAUUUCAGUCAGUACAGACGAGGACGUACCCAGUCUACCACCACAAAACCUUCAGUCCUACAACACCAGCUCAACAACGCUCAACGUCACGUGGUCUGAUAUCCCAGAAUGCUGUGUGCACGGUAUACUCUUAGGCUAUCGCGUACUUUACCGCUUCAAGAAACGUCGAAGCGUUAGAAGUAUCGGCAAGGAGCAAAUACAAACUGUCCCCUCUCCUACCUUACAACACGUGCAACUGACCGACCUGGUUAAAUUUGCGGAGUACGAAGUGCGAGUCCUGGGGUACACACGCAUCGGUGAUGGAGAUGAGUCUCUCAAGCCCUUUUACGUCACGACAGACGAAGACAGACCAAGCAAGCCUCCCCAAAAUUUACGUGCUCAUAACACAAGCUCUAGGAGUCUGCUAGUCUCCUGGGGGAAGGUACCUUAUGAAGACGUACACGGUAUUUUACUCGGAUAUCGACUAUAUUACAAGACAAAGGCAAAGUCACUCUAUGUAACGCGAGUCUUGAGCCGUAAUAGUUAUAAGGUUUUGCUAACAGGACUGAUGAGGUAUACCGAAUAUGAUAUCAGGAUAUCUGCUUUUACACGUAUCGGUGAUGGGCCAAAUUCUACUAUUAUUACCGUCAGGACAGACGAAGAUGUUCCAAGCGAAGCCCCGCCAAAUGCUAGUCCAGACAACAGAGCCAGUUCAACCACAAUUCCUGUGAAGUGGUUUCACAUACCACAACGCUACGUCCAUGGCAUACUGCUCGGAUACAAAGUGUCAUAUAAACUUGUUAGAUUAGCUGAUGAACCGGUUAGUAACGCAAAGGGCAAGAACGUCACAGUAAGAGCAAACGAAAAGACUGUUACGUUGAUAGGUUUAGAGAGCUUUGCAGUUUACGAAAUUAAAGUGGCUGGWUUCACGUCUAAAGGUGAUGGCAAAUGGGCAAAGUUUGAUGGGGUAACUUGCACGUGCCAUCCAUAUAUGUCUACUAAUUGGUGGGCACAUCCUCCAUACGUCAGAGAGCAAGUUUCAAUCAACGACACUAAAUCCAAAUUUAACGGACUAUCGACGCCCAUUGGAGGCAUCUUCCCUCCAAUACUACUGUCCGCUGUGACAAAAUGCUGCGGGAUUUGCGACGCGGGAAACGGGACCAUAUCAAUGGACUUCAAGUAUGACGGACACAAUAACAAGGCCCAGAAGCCUGGUCUCCACGAUGUCAAGGACAGAAUUGAUGAGAAAUCCUUUAUCAGCUUCCCAAUAGGAGGAACCAAAGACCAAACCAAAUACAUCGGGUUUGGCGGAGAGUAUGAGUUUGUAUCUAUUAUGGAUAUGCCUGGUGCUGCAUUCUUAGUGGCUGACAGAAGAGCCAUUCAUAACGAGGUCCUUAAAGCUAUCCUUGGCUGCUGGCCCACUGUCAUAUUUGUUUUUGUUUUGGCGUACCUAGCUGGAGCUGCCAUCUGGCUUAUAGAUGUACACUAUAACCCCAAGCAUUUUCCAAGAUCGUUUAUUGAUGGAACUAUAGAAGGAUUCUGGUGGGCCUUCAUCACUAUGACAACUGUAGGAUAUGGCGAUCGAAUUCCCAAGUCAGUCAUUGCGCGUUUGUUUGCUAUAGUGUGGAUCUGGAUGGGCAUAGCUACCAUCGCUGUCCUGACAAGUAGUAUUACGGCCUCACUAAUGAGCAUGGUGUUCAAGAGUGAUUUAAAGCUUUACGGCACCAAGGUGGCAGCGAUCGAUAAUUCUUCGGAAUACAAACUCGGUGUGAGAAGAAACUCCAUCCUUGUUGGUCGCUAUGGUAACAUCUACGACAUAUAUCAAGACCUUAAGGACGAAAAGGUCCAUGCUGCUUUGCUAGACUCGUACGCAACAGCAAGCGAGGAGAAAUUAUUCAACGAGAAGUGGUUGAGGGUAAAAGAAAUAAUCAAGACGGGUUUCGAGUCGACUAACGGCGUGGUGCUUGGCGGCGAUGCACAGAAACUGGGUAAUUGUAUGCGGAACUUUAUGAAGAGUGAGGAGAAUGAAAUCCAUAAAAUAGUACAGAGUAAUGUCAAGAAUAUCAAGGCCAGUUCGAUCCCUCCUGCUAUCAAGACCUCUAGUAGUCUAUUGACAUCAGAGUCAGACUUAUUCAGGCUGACCGCACUUAUACUUGGGGUCGCCUUGGCUGUAAUAGUAGUGCUAGCUUUGAUGUGGGAAUAUGGAUACCGAAGACGACAGGUCAAGAAAAUGAUGAGAAAGAAUAAUAAUAACAAUAGUAAAGAUAUUGAGGGUUCGUGGCCUCUAUGGGCAAAGCUUCCUGCCAAACAAAGACAUAAUAUGAUUGUACAAGAAAUGCGAAAAGACUUGAAUGAAUUCCAUGAGAAAUUUAAACAAACAUACGAAGAGCUUCGGCGAAAACAUUCUCUUCAAAUAGCAGCUUUAAGGAAACAAAAAAAAGGUGUAUUUUAUUUCUCAGUAAACGAAUGGACAGGAGGUCGAAGCGCAACUUAUGCAAUAACAAAAGAUGGCGAUAUUAACUCUAUUCUCGAUGGUCUUGACCUGGCAAUGUUUGAUGGGGAUGAAACAGACAACAAAAAGAAAAACCUUGGUUUUUCAUAAACAUUUCUGCUAAUGCACCUAUGCAGUUGGAUAUCACGACUGAACACUAUAAGAGCGGGCUCUUCUACAAAACAUUUUUACCCGGCUGCGACCCACAUUCAGUAAUGAAGUAUGGACUAGCUGUGGUGUGCUAGGUUACUAAGCUACUUAGGUUAUUACUUGGACAACAUCAAGUAUUUUACUACGAGUUCUUUGGGCUGCCUGUGCAAUAUCUGCGUAAUGUCGUUCUUUGUCGACAAUAAAACGCCAUGGUAAAAUUGAAACCAAAAACAUAGACAAGAGACAACGAAACACAAAUGUAAAUGAUGCAACUUUAUAAUCAACAUGAUGGAAUUCCUCAUCUACAAAAUUUAUAUCUCAAAAAAGGAAUACGGAUUUCGUCGGACAUGAAAAAAUGGGCGCAGCCUGGAAGGACUCUUAAAAUAAAAACAUUAAACAUGAAGGGAUUGUGUGGUAAGGACACAAAAAGCACUUCUGUUGGAUUGCAUUGUUAGCUAUUGUUACUCUAGUUACAUUGGAUCAAGUUAAUAUGUAAAUAAAUAUUUCUUAAAAUGCAUAAAAAACACCAAUAAACAACAGUUAUGUACUUUU